AUGCCAUUUGGUCUAACGAAUGCUCCGACAGCAUUCAUGGAUAUGAUGAAUCGAGUAUGUCGGUCUAUGCUYGAUAAGUCUGUCAUUGUCUUCAUUGAUGACAUACUUGUGUAUUCUAAGUCAGAAAUUGAUCAUAUUACGCAUCUCCGUCAGAUGUUGGAGUUACUAAGAAAAGAUAAAUUAUAUGCCAAGUUCCCAAAAUGCGAAUUUUGGCUCAGAAAGGUGCAAUUCUUAGGGCAUAUGAUCUCCGGUGAGGGUAUUUCUGUCGAUCCAUUUAAAAUUGAGGCAAUUCAGAAUUGGGAACAACCGAAGAAUGCCUCAGAGAUCCGCAGUUUUCUUGGAUUAGAGGGUUAUUACCGACGAUUCAUAAAAGACUUUUCAAAGAUUUCCGUUCCCCUUACUUCACUCACUUUUAAAGCUGUGAAGUUUGUAUGGAAUGAAGAACAAGAGAAAGCUUUUCAGCUCUUGAAACCUUGUUUGACGAACGCUUCGAUUCUUGCCUUACCCGAAGGUAACGAUGACUUUGUGGUCUAUAGUGAUGCGUCGAAGUUGUGA